AUGGUCAGGACAACGCGAAAAGCGGGCACCCCCAAGCCCAACAAGCCAACCUUCAACCCUGCCCGUGCUGUUCAAGAUCGGGACUGGCGCCGCAAGCAGAAGGCCCAGCUCAAUGCCAGCAGCGCCAGCAGGGCCUCCUCCCAAGCCGGCUCUCCUCCCCCUCCCUCAGCUACCGGCCCUGGCACUGCAGCCAUCGGGCUUCAGUCUAGAUGCAUCAACCCCAAGUGUACAUCACCUGACGUGGGUGAGGACGGAAUCUGCAAGUCCUGCGGUUAUGAAGCUACGGAUCAGAUCAACAUUGUCAGUGAGGUCCAGUUUGGCGAAGCUGCGAAUGGUCAGGCCUACGCCCAGGGUGUCAACAUCGGGUUUGGCGAGGCCGGUCAUCGUAUGACGAUGCAAAACGGUCGCCGACGCGUUGCUGGCGGCGGCGACGGUCCCAACAACAUCGAAACUCUAAGGACUGGUCAGAACGCCAUCAACGGUAUCGUCCUCAAGUGUCAGCUGCCCUCUCGCAUCGCCGACGUGGCCAUGGCUCAGUUCAAGCACAUGCAGGCCAGGGGCUUCCUCCGCGGCAGGACUACUGACCGUGGUGCGGGUGCCGCUGUCUACUGGGCCGUGCGGAACUCUGGAAACACAAGGACCAUGCUCAUCGACAUUGCCGACGUCAUCAACAUCGACGUCUUCAGACUCGGCAGGACCUUCAAGAAGCUACUUGCCAUGCUUUACAGUGAUCCCGCCAAGGACUGCCCCUUUGAGCCGCUGUUUCCCGAGGACAUCAUCAAGAGCAUGUGCAGUCGGCUCGGAUUCGAUCUCGAGACCGAGAAGGUCCAGAAAGACGCUGUACGCAUCGUCUCGAGGAUGGAUCGCGACUGGAUCAAUACUGGUCGUAAGCCGGCGGGUGUGUGUGGCUCCGCCGUCAUGGUUGCCGCCAGGAUGAACAACUUCCGCCGCACCGCUGAAGAAGUCUCGUAUGUUGCCAAGACGACCACAGCUACCCUGAGGCAGCGUCUGGACGAGUUCGCCCGGGUCGACUCUGCAAAAAUGAGCAUCGCCCACUUCAGGGAAAAGGACCUGAUUGGGGAGACACACGACCCACCUGCCUUCUAUCGCCAGACCAAGGAGUACCGAGACGAGAUACAGAAAAAGAGGGAGGCGACGCCUUCACAACAGCCUCCACAAACCCAGACCGACUCGGAUGGCUUCGCAAUUCCCGCUCUCCCCCCUGGACCUCGAUCUCCAUCCAGAUCCAUCAGCCCACAGGUCCCAGCCAUCACCGAGGACGACCUCGGCGAGGCUAAUCCUGAGGAUGACCAGGACAUGGAGGAUGCUUUGGCCUCCAAGUAUGGUGACGGCCGUCUGAACGGCAGUGCCAUGAGAGGCUUUGAUUUCGGAGAGAACUGGCAGGAUGAAGAGUUGGAGAAGGCACAGAAAAUCGAGCAGGACAUCAUGAAUGCGGACUCAGACAUGUGGAAAGCCGCCGAGAAGUGGUCUGGCAAGACGAAGGAGCAGCUGCUAGACAUCAGUGCGUCCAUGCGACCGGCCAGGUACCAAGGAGAGGGAUCGAUCGACGCUCCCGAUGUGGCCGACGACGAGUUCGCCAACGACCCAGAGGUACUCAACUGCCUGCUGACUGAAGAGGAGUCUCAGAUGAAAGAGCAGCUGUGGCUCAACGAGAACAAGGAUUGGCUCCGCCAACAGCAGGAGAAGGAGUACAAGGCGAAGACAACACCUCCCAAGAAGCCCCGUAAGAACCACCGCAAGCCUCGUAUCGGGGAAGGUCAGUCGACGCCAGCCAGCUCCGCAGGCGACGCCGCCAUAGCCACCAUCAAGCGCCACCAGGUCUCCAAGAAGUUCGACUACGAUGCCCUCAAGAGAAUGCUCUCUGGCCGUGGCGGCCCGGGCUCUGUGAUUGGUAGCGAGAUGGCCAGCCGACAGACCAGCCGUGCUGGCAGCGAGACAGCUUCCGUGGACGAUGAUGAGGACAUGCACGAUACGCAAGGUGUGGAGGAGGACGAGGACGAUGUUGAGGAAGAUGAUGAAGGGCAGUACAAUAAUAACGAGGGCGACGACGACGAGUUCGGGGGAGAUGAUGAUGAUGAGUACUGAAGUGGAUGUCGCGUGACCGACAGGUACAGGUCUGUGCCAGAUUUCGGAAAACAUCCGCGCUUGUGUUUUGAGACAGGGUUCGUUUCCGAAAGCGAGCCCACAGGAGGAGGGAUUGGAUACUUUUUACAAAGGGUUUUGUGGAAUUUGCGAGGACGCUCUGCACUGUCGAUGUGCAGUGACCCCCACACACACAGACGCGCAUAUGCCCUUGGUUUUUCUUCCUCUUCCUCCCUUCACAGAUGGAAGGAUGGACGGAUGGAUAGACAUGAUUUGAGAUACCCCCUUACGUUUUUGAUUUCGGAAGAUGACUGGCAUACCAACCAUAGUUCAUAGCUGGACUACUGCCAAAGAAAGCCUGGCGGUCAGACAAUAUCAGAAUGA